AUUCACUUAACAAAUAUGAUUGACAACACCAACAUGGAAGCCUUUAAUGAGAAUUCUUCCUAUAGCUAUGUGACUAAAAAGUUCCACUGACAUGCAUGUAACAAUGAGUUCACUAAGAUGAUCAAAUCAGACGAAGGAGCUGUCUGCGACUCAUGCAACAGUGAAUUCGUAGAAGAAAUCACCAGGAAUAAUCAUGAAGAGGUGACUUCCUUCAGACCAGAAAGAGGUGAAGUACCUCAGAGACAAGAGAGACCAAGCAGAGCACAUGCUCAUCCAACUAUUACAGUAACAAGGAGAAGAAUAGUCCCUGGAGGAAUGUUCAUCACUGAGACAGUCUCCUCUGGAGGAGAUAGUUCAUCUUCUCAUGGAAGUUUCUUCGAUUUCCCUGAAAUGCCCUUUAUGAGACCUCGGAGAAACCCAUUUGAAGGAUUCUUCACUGGAUUUGACUCAUUCAUGGGUCCAGCUUUCCCAACAAUGGGUGGAAUGGGCGGCUUCAACAUCAAUAAUAUCCUUGAAGCCUCAUUCAGAGAAGCUAGAACCAAUGGAGUUCCACCUGCAUCUGACGAAGCAAUUGCUGGACUCAAAGAAGUGCCAGUGAAAGAAGGGGAGCACAAAUGCCCAAUCUGAAUAGAAGACAUCGAAGACAAGGCAAUUCAGCUCCCAUGUGAGCAUGCUUUCCAUAGAAAAUGUGGGGAGACUUGGCUCAAGCAACACAAUACAUGCCCAAUUUGUAGAAAAGGAAUCGAGUAAGGAUAGCUCGAUUCAC